AUGGCCAAGGGCAAGCGCGGGCGCAAGGACGAGGGCAGUGGGCGUGCAAGCAAGCGGGUCAAGAGCAUUAGCGGCAAGGCAGUGGAGGCAGCAAAGGUGGCGGCGGUGAUGGAGAAGAGAGCGGCUGAGGUGGCGGCUCGAGUGGCUGCAGCGGAAGAAGUGGGUAUGGUUGGCUCGUAUGCAGGCGAGGCGUUGCCACUGGCCACAGAGUCUGUCGUCGACGGCGUCAUGGCGCUCGACGGCUGCGAUGUGGCGUACAAGGCCGGCGGGCGGACAUCCAGAUUCAUCUUUGCCCUCCCGCUGCAUCUGAUGCGGCUGGAGGGGACGUCGUCGGCACUGCGUGGGACGCUGACCCAGCUCGACACCAUGCAUCCGCGGCUCUCCAUCCCCAUGGCCGAUGCCACCCGCGGCAAGGGUGUGCUCGAGCUGCGCGGCUCGAUCGUCCGCUCGUCGGACGCCCGCUUCCUCAUGCUCUCAGCUGGUCCAGCAGGCACGGUUGCCACCUCCAAGGUCUAUGAUUCGGUCGUGCUCUUUUCUACAGCGCAGUGGCGGCCUCUGGCGGCUGUCGCAUCUGCGCCAGGAGGCGAUGAUGACGCUGGCGAGGCCGGCGAUGACGAGACCCAGCCCGGUCCGUCGCCCGAGGACGCGUUGCAGCCGGUCAAUCUGGACUCGCUGCCAAAGGAGAAGAACCCGGUGUGGCCGCAUGUAUCUGGGCGCUGGCAGCCGCCUGGAAGCAGCGAGGCCGGAGAGGCCAAGCCGGGCGACGAGAGCGGGCCGGCUGGCGGCGAGGGCAAUGGAUUGCCGUCGGCAGCAGCCGUGGCAUCACAGAGCUCACAGGCGUUUCCUGUGGUUGACCUCACUGGGCUCAUCCCAGCAUCACCGGGCAAGUCGCCUGCACGCAGCGGUGCGAGUGCGGGCAAGGCCAGCAGUGGCGGCUCGCGACGGGCCAUCAAGCUCGACUCCGACUCGGACUCGGACGUGCUGUUCUCGUCGAGUGGCGGGUGCGAGUCGCCGACACGCACACGGUCACCCGUCCGCUCGCAACCAAGCCGAUCGUCGGCGCGGAAGAAACCCGUCUCGUACGCCGAGUAUGAGUGGGACGAGUCUGGCGACGACGAGUCGUCUGUUGUCGGCGCGAGCGGAGCCGGUUCCGAGUCGGACUUUGCCCCGUAGCCAUCGGCUGUGUGGCGGUAACUGUAGAAUAACCCUUAACGGUACGGUCGUUCGGACGCGUAGUCGCGCGUCUCAAAAUGAACAACUCAAUGAUGCUUGACUUCCAGGUCACCGGCCCAUGCUGCGCGAAGCCUGCUUGGCCUGCGGCUUGAGGUCGGAGGCGCGCCCGAUGCGUGGCUCGCACGUGGGGCCUG